CACAUCAACAACUAACCUGCAGUCGUAUGCUUUUACUGAAGACUUAACACGUCUGCUUGUUCCAUCUGUUAUAUUGAGGAUGAGCUCUGUCGACGUGAAUGAUGAGAAUCGUGGGGUCUGCCCUGGAGGAAAGCACAACUCAAUUAAUGACAUUUUUGCCCUGGAUCAGCCAACCGGGAGGCCUUCCAUCCUGCGUCAGACAGAGAACCUGCCCAGCAAGACUGUGCAAAAAGGGGCGAAGGUUUGUUUUCAGACUCCAAGAAGAGACCCCCUGACUAAAAGAAUCCUGUCACCCUCAAAGUCUGUCAAGAUGACAAGUGUGGACGAAUGUACGAAAGCAAUGGAUUGCUUAAAUUUGGAUGUAACAAACACUUUGCCACAAGGUACCCCUGAGAAAUCUGAAGGACCCAAACAAGAUUUCUCAUCCUAUCCUGAUGACGACAUGCCAAUACAAAGCAAAGGAGGCUAUCAGUUGGAUUUUGACAACCUGGACGCUAUUAAUCCAUUUAAUUGCUCUAAUAAGAUGGUUCUCUCUCCAGCAAGGCCUGCUGUUGAAAACCCUGCCACAGAUCAAAAUGAGUCUCAAAAUGGAAAACAAGAGAAUAUCUUGGAAGAGCCCACCAAAAUAGAAUCGGCACUAGAUGAGACACUUCCCUUUACCCCAUCCGUGGAAAACUCACUGGCUGACAUCUCCGCCGACAUCAGCUCCACAGAUAGCAGUGUGGUCACAAUGAUGAAGGUCCCAGCAGUCGAGGAAGACGAUUCAUGCACUGCUACGCCUGAUGAAAAACAACCAGCUAUAAUAUCCUCAAGUGUUGAUCAAGGCCAAGCUUCAGGCAGCUUUGUGGAAGAUGCUCCACUGCCAUCUAAAGGUUCCUAUAACUUUGAUUUUGACAACAUUGAUGCAAUGAAUCCUUUUCAAACCGGUGGUUCCAAAAUCCAGAAUUCUCCUGUCCCCGGGAGAAAGGUGGCAGAGAAUAACCCACCUGCUGAGGAGACACAGAUUAAAGAAAAUAAAUCUGCAGAUAUUGUUGACGUACCUGAGGUGGCCCAAGAGGCACCUGUUCGUCCUGAGGUGAAACCCAUAGAGGCAGCAGCCCCAGUUUCCUCUAAUGCUAGCCCUCCAGCAGCUGAAUCCAUGCCCCAGCCAGCUGCUGCCCCGAACAAGGAAGGCCCAGUCAAACUUGAGUUCAAUUUUGAUGAUGGGAAUGAGGUUAAACGGAAACCGCCAGUGAAGAAAUUUGGCAAAAGACCACCUCCAAAAUCCAAAGAGGGAAAUGUGGUGUCUGACAGCAAACCACACAAAGAAUCGCCAGAGAAGCCUGUUGCUAAUGAUACUACUGACGCCGUGGCUCCCAAAAGCUCUUACUCAUUUGACUUUGAGAAAUUUGACAACCCAAACAUCAAUCCCUUCGGCACCAACUCAGUCAUAAGCAACUCUCCGAAAUGCAGCAUGAAAUCCGGCCCUGUGCCCACGGAAACUGCCACUCUAAAACACACGGAUACGCCUUUUGAGAAAGAAACUGCAUCAUGUGCUGAUGAGAGCGUGCCAACUGCUGAACCCGACACUGGAGCUGUGAGAGAGAAUGCUGAACACAAGGCUUCCUUUGACCACGACAAGGGAUUUCAACCUGAAACUGUACAACCCGAGCAGAAUCUUCCUGAACUCUCUGAAUUGUUUCAAUCUGAGCAGAAGUCACAGAUUGGCCUGUCCGAGUUGAAUGAGGAGUUUGUUCCUGGAACUACGUUCAUGGCCAAUGACUUUGAUGGACAAAUCGACUACCUUGAACAGUUUGGGUCCUGCAGUUUUAAGGAGUCUGCACUGAGGAAACAAUCCUUGUACCUUAAAUUUGACCCCCUCCUGAGAGAGAGCCCGAAAAAAUCAGCAGGCCCAGGUGUUCAGGACCUCGUCCCUCGCCCUGCUGCCUUUCUUUCACAACUUGAAGCUCCACAGAUGGCAAAAAAAGAGACAAAAAAUUGGCCUCAAAAUGAUUUCAAACUGCUUGAUGUUGCUACAGAACCAACUCCUCAAAUACUUGAGAGCCUCGUCCCACCUUUUCCCCAGCCAGCAAACACAGAGGACGCCAUCAUUGAAAUGCUGAAGUACAGUCAGAAAGACAUGGACGCAGCCAUCGCUAAGGUCCAGGCAGAAGCAAAGGGGAAAGAGGAGCAGUGGUGUGCAAAGUAUAACAAGUUACUUGGCGAUGGUCUAGAGAUGAAGAAAAUAAAUGCAGGAUUUGAGCUUGUGAUUGCUAAAAUGACAGAUGAUCACGAGAAUGAGAGCGCGAUGUCUAAGAUGAAGCUCGAGGAGGCUCUGCUGGAGAAGGAGCAAGUGUCCAGUGAUCUGAACGCCAUGGAGAGAUCGUUCUCUGACCUGUUCAAAAGACUGGAGAAGUACAAGGAGGUGGUUGAGGGUUACAAAAAGAAUGAACAGACCCUGAAAGGUUGUGCUCAGGACUACCUGGCAAGGAUCAAAAAGGAGGAGCAGCGCUACCAGACUCUCAAAGCCCAUGCUGAGGAGAAAAUUGGCCAUGCAAAUGAGGAAAUUGCUACGGUGCGGUCAGGGUACAAGGCCGAGGUAUCAGCACUUCAAGCCCAGCUGCGCCGGGAACAGCUGAAGGUGCAGUCACUGGAAAAGAGCCUGGACCAGAAGGAGAAAGAGGCUGAAGAACUCACCAAACUCUGUGAUGAACUCAUCACCAAAGUCCAGAAGGGUUGAGUUUAGUUGUAAAUACUAUGUUUAAUACUACGUCUUGGCUUUCUUUUUAUAAUUGUUGUCCACAUUUUUUUUGUG